AUGGCAACCGACAAACCUCAAGCCGUGCAGAUCAACAAGACCGAGCAUGGCAUAACAACCAUCACCAUCAACCGCUUCCAUCGCCGAAACGCAAUCGACGGCCCCACGGCUAAGGAACUAACAGACGCAUUCCUCGCAUUCGAAGCGGAUCCCACGCAAAAGGUGUGCGUGUUCCACGGCGCCAACGGCACCUUUUGCGCCGGCUUCGACUUACACGAGGUCGCCAAGUAUCACAGCACAGAAUCCAGCUCCGGCGCAGCAGGCUACAAAGGCCCCAUCAUAGACGCCAACCACCGUGUGCAAGGCCGCAACAUCGGGCCCAUUGGUCCCUCGAGGAUGCAGAUACUCAAGCCCGUCAUCUGCGCAGUGGCCGGGCACGCCGUCGCCGGCGGCCUGGAGCUCUCCCUCCUGGGCGACAUGCGUGUGGCCGAAGAGGACGCCGUGUUUGGCGUCUUUUGCCGGCGCUUUGGCGUGCCGCUUAUUGACGGCGGGACGGUGCGUCUGCAAGCCAUUGUCGGCUUGGGGCGAGCGUUGGAUAUGAUUCUCACCGGGAGGCCCGUGUCGGCGCAGGAGGCCUUGCAGAUGGGCCUUGCGAACCGCGUGGUUCCGAGGGGGCAGUCUUUGCAAGAAGCGACCAAGAUUGCGGAGCAGUUGCUUGCGUUCCCGCAGGAGUGCAUGAAUGUUGAUAGGGCGAAUUGCUACUACGCGGCUUAUAAUGCCACUUCGUUUGAGGACGGUUUGAGGAACGAGUUUGAUGAGGGCGUUGGUGUGAUCACGACGGAGAGUGUGAGAGGAGCGGCUAGGUUCGCUGCUGGCGCUGGACGACAUGGGUCUUUUUAA